AUGUUCCGCACACAAAUUGUUCGUAAAACAUCUCUUUCUCAACAUGUUGGCAAUAUCCUGUCACAGGAUGGCCUACCCCCACUCCGUAAGAAUAGUUUUUCACAUACAAACCAACUUAAAAUCAACAUUAAAAAAGCAUUGAAUCCUUUAAUAGCAUCGUCACCAACAAAUAACAGUCAAUCAUCCUUUAGCUCCGACCCUCCUAACAAAAACGAUAUGAUAACUGUAAUUAAAAUCAAGAUCUUUUCAAAUUGGGGAAACCCAACAACAAUUUCAUGCGCUGAACUCAGUUUUGUUAAUGAUUUAGGUUCUAAGCUUCCAAUUUCGACUGCAAUGUUUAACGGACAAAAGCAAGAAGAAAAAUUAAAAGCAUUAUGGGAUCACGGUUCCAUCGAAGCAGAUUCUAAUACCUGGAAAGAAGAGUGGCCACCAGAAGCACCAAGUGCCUUUCAUGUUCUCCUGUUUUCUGUUAAAUCCCAAGAUCGUGUAACAGGAAUUAGAGUUUGGCCAAACUUACAAGAUACCUCUACAAAUAUUAGAGAGAUAUCUGUAUCAAUGAAUCACAACAAAGUAUUCAAAGGCGAAUUACCAAAAGAUUUUGGUAUGGUAAUUCCAAUCAAUGACGAGAACAUCAUUCACAGACGUUUGGAUCAAGAAGAGAUGUCUAAUAUAAAGUUCCGUCCUCAAAGAAUUACCCUUUUGGCCAAAAAUACUUACGGAAAUACAGAUGUUUGCGGAAUUCAUCAAAUUCUCUUUGUUAAUUAUAAUGGAGAGUUGAUAAAUGCAGUGAACAAAUAUACAAUCCAGCUAGAAAACAUGAAAAAUUUGACAGACAAUUUAUUACUUCUCAGACCAAUAUCAUCCCAGAAAAACUAUGAUGCUGAGAAAUAUACCCCUUGGACUGGUGAAGAAUUGACUCGCAUGCCAAUGAUUUCUUUCGUUUCCAAAAAACGUAUUCCGAUCGGAGCCAUCAUUAUUAUUGGUCCUUUACUCCAUGAAGGAUCUCCCAAUAUCCAUUUGAAGCAAUUUUCCAUUUACUUCGAUGGAAAACUUCAAAGAAGUGGAAGAGUCAAACAAAGGUUCUUGGAUGAAAAAUUCGAGUUCCUUUGCGCUACUUAUCUCUUCUUUAACGAUGACCCAGAAUUUCAGAAGAAUGUUCGAGAAAAUAUAAUUCCUCGAAGAGAGCUUCCCACAAAUGUUCUUAAUUCUUUGUAA